AGUACGCACGUGCGACGAACCUAACCUCGAAGUGAGAAAUGGCAUCCGCUGAGAUGAAAGUCAUAUUCAGUUUCGUCAAGAGGAUUAAUAAAGCGAUUUAGGAGUGUAUACAUGAUUUAAGAAUCUUUUGCGUUAGAUAAUCCAAGGGCAGGAUUAAAGGCGCCUUCCUACUCCAUACCCAGUCGGAGUAACCUAACCCCCUCAAAGAAUGGCAUCCGGUAGAGAACGGACGGAAAAUGAGAGGAGCAAGCCGAUCUUUUGCGAACUGUCCGCUAAUGAUCUGGAGCCGGAAAUCACGGAGAUCGAGAGCUUGUGCAUGGAGUGCGGCAAGAACGGGAUUACCCGGUUGCUGUUGACGAAAAUCCCACACUACAAGGAUGUGGUGCUCAUGUCCUUCGAGUGCGAGCACUGCGGCUAUCGGAAUAACGAGAUCCAGAGUGGCGGUAAGAUAACGGAGAAGGGGAUCAAGAUAACGCUGCAAGUUGCAACGCCGCAGGAUCUGAAUCGCCAAGUGGUUAAAUCUGACUACACCGGCAUUCGUAUACCUCACUUGGAUUUUGAGAUCCCCGCGCAGUCCCAGAAAGGAGAGAUCACGACCGUCGAAGGGAUAAUCGACAGGAGCAUUAGCGCGUUGGAGCAGGAUCAGCCCAGGCGUCGGGAAGAAUUUCCAGACACCGCAAUCGAGAUAGAUAUAUUUAUUAGCAAAUUACGCGCGCUGAAGAUAUUAGAUGAACCAUUUACUGUCAUCUUUGAAGAUAUUUCAGGAAACUGUCAUGUGGAGAAUCCAAAAGCACCGAUCAAAGAUAGCCAGUGUACUAUAACAUAUUUCAAGAGAACGACAGAACAGAAUCAUACGUUAGGGAUUUAUUCUGAUAAUGAAGAUGUUUUACUCGAACCCAUACAGGAAGGGGAAUAUCCUUUGGAGGAAAUUGAGGGUGAGGUGCACUCUAUUCGUACCAAUUGUCCAGACUGCAACAGUCCUUGCGAGACAAAUAUGAAACUGACAAAUAUACCACAUUUUAAAGAGGUUAUUAUAAUGGCCACGCUAUGCGAGUCUUGCGGUCAUAGAACUAACGAGGUGAAAAGCGGCGGCGGGAUCGAGCCUCAAGGAGUCAGAAUUGAAGUGACGAUAACAGGCAAGGAAGACUUCAGUCGCGAUCUCCUGAAAUCCGAAACCUGCGACAUGGAGAUACCCGAGCUCGAGUUAGAGGUCGGUCCAGCCAUUUUGGGCGGUCGUUUCACGACCGUCGAAGGGAUCGUAGCAGUGAUGAAAGAACAGUUGUCUUCGUCGAUAACUUUCACCGGAGAUAGUAGUGAUUCGGAAACCGUGAACAGGAUGAACACUUUUAUCGCACGGUUGGGGGAAGUUUUGGAUGGUCAAAGAAAAGUGACCUUAAUUUUAGAUGAUCCAGCCGGAAAUAGCUACGUGCAAAGUCUUUCCGACGAUGGACUCGACGAUAGAUUAAAGAUCACGAAGUACGAUAGAAGUUUCGAGCAAAAUGAAGAACUUGGUCUCAACGACAUAAAAGUCGAAAAUUAUUAGGUGUUUACUAAAAUAGAGAAAUAAAUAUCGUUACAGUAGAAAUAUCAUUUAUAUAUUAGAAUAGCUAGAAAAAUUCUA